AAAAGUGUCCGCCAUCUUUGACUAGAGCUGCACCGCUUCCCCCCAUUGAUGAAGAAGUGAGGAGCGCAGUGCCUUUGCAGCAUCACUGAGCGAGCGAGAGGCGGCCAGAGCUGGAGACAUUUCCUCCGUAACUGACGGCAGGAGGACCGCGGCAGGCUCAGCUCUUCCACUAGGAUCUUUUCUUCCCUGUUGGAGAGCGUCUCCACCCCCCACAUCCAGCAGCCAUGGCAGAUGAUGCGGACAUGCGCAAUGAGCUGUCAGACAUGCAGCAACGUGCCGACCAGCUGGCCGACGAGUCACUGGAGAGCACCCGUCGCAUGCUGCAGCUGGUGGAGGAGAGCAAAGAUGCUGGCAUCAGGACCUUGGUCAUGCUGGACGAACAGGGAGAGCAACUGGAGCGCAUCGAGGAGGGAAUGGACCAAAUCAAUAAGGACAUGAAGGAUGCAGAAAAGAAUUUGAACGAUCUAGGGAAAUUCUGUGGUCUUUGCUCCUGUCCAUGUAACAAGAUGAAGAGCGGCGCCAGCAAGGCCUGGGGGAACAACCAGGACGGGGUGGUGGCCAGCCAGCCCGCCCGCGUGGUGGACGAGCGCGAACAGAUGGCCAUCAGCGGAGGCUUCAUCCGCAGGGUAACAGACGACGCCAGAGAAAAUGAGAUGGACGAGAACCUGGAGCAGGUGGGCGGCAUCAUUGGAAACCUGCGCCACAUGGCCCUGGACAUGGGCAACGAGAUCGACACCCAGAACCGCCAGAUCGACAGGAUCAUGGAGAAGGCCGAUUCCAACAAGACCAGGAUCGACGAGGCCAACCAGCGCGCCACAAAGAUGCUGGGAAGUGGCUAGACGCCGCCGCCGCCUCGCAGCACGACCGUCUCGGCGUCCUGCGCCGCACGUCAACAGGCGCUGACAUGCUUUCAUCAUAUUGACCUUCUCGGUUUGCACACAUGCACAUAUCACCUCCCCCUCCCCCAUUGUAAAUGUUGUUCUGUGUGUCGUCUGUCGAGCUUUUUCAAGAAGAUUGUCCUCGUAUACUGAUGAUUUCUUAUACUCCGUACAUCAUUCUUUCCAAAGGUUGUAUAUAGUGCUGAAUCGAUGGCUCUCUAGCUCACCGUGAAGUUUUUAUUCUCUUUAUCAAGAUAUAUAUAUAUACAUAUAUAUAUCAUAUAUUAUUCUAUAUCAUAUAUAUCAUAUAUAUAUAUAUAUAUAUAUAUAAAAGUACAGCGCUCUGGAUGACAAGUACGUAAUAGGAAUGCUAUACAAGCUGUCUUUAUUUUCCUUCUCAGUAUCGUCUUAGUAAAACUGUGUCUUUCCAUUUAGGCUACUGUCACGCUCCUUAUUUCAGUGUUGCCGCACGGAGGAGGCAAAAGUCGGGUGACAAGCAAACACUUUGCAGGCGACGGUUCGGGUGUAUCGCGAAAAGCACUUACAAUCAAAAGGCAGUCCGUUUGUUUUCUUCAUCGCAGUCACUCUGAGUUUCCUGUUUAGACAACGUGCAACUAGACUCUCUGUAGCUGUAUUAGACAUUGCAUUCCAAGUGAUGUGACUUGUGCGUUCUCUGCAUGACCAAUGGUAGAUUUUAGUCUUCUAAAUAAAACCUGUCUGAAAAAUAUAUAUAAAAAAUGAUAACACGGCAGUAGCAAAUCGACAGAAUCGCAUGCUCAGUAUUAGGACACAGUUGAUCGUUCCAUACUCCUGCAAGUUUGCAAUAGUGCCACUCUCUUUCUGUCUCGAUAUAUUUACCGACUGUGACCAUCUUGUUGUAAAAUAACGCAAAAGGGAACAAAAAAGUGACGUAACACAAGAGAGGACUCGGGUUGUAUUGCAAAAAAAAACACAAACAAACAAACAAAAAACAGCUGUUUUCUAAACGAUUAUGCAGUUCAGUGAUGAAGAUGUUGACUUUGUGCUGAAAGACGAGGACUGGUUGUGUAUUGUAACAUAGGUUUUGGAUGCUCUGAAAAAAAAAGAAUAAACGUUUGCAAUGUAAAGCAAAGACGCAUAUUUCUGAGAGACCUUACUUUUAUAAGAAGACUGUACCUGUAAGUUUACUCCCCCCCCCUUCUCCCCCCAUGUGGUUUGUUAUUGGUAAGAUCCUGAUCAUGUUCAACUCCAACUCAAAAAAAAAUACACAACUGAAGGGUUCUUUCUGUUGCUUCUGUACUUUAGAGCUAUGCACCAAAUCGCCAAAAUGUCGAGUAGUUCAAGUUCAACCCCCCAAACCUGAAUGACACAAUACGUUCUACUGUGAGAUUGAUGUCCUCAACGCAUGGAAUAUUAAAACUCCCUCUCUGUAUCCUGUCAGUGUGUGAAGUGGUGGACAUUUUGUAGCUAGCUGAAUUGAUUAAAAGUAAUAAAUCCGAGUUGCACGCG